AUGGUAAAUGAUUUUACUAGCAUUGAUUCGAUCAUAGAUGGGUUUGAUGACUAUGGACUGGUGAUGAAAGAGGAUGUCUUUAUAAAAAAAAAGAUGGACUGGUUGAGGUUUAAGAACAUAAUCUGUUCUUGUAGUUCUGUAUGGAUUAUAAUGAGGCAUUGGAGUAAUGGACUGACAAGUAUAGGAGCUAAUAUUGUAGAUCCAGAACUGACUGAAGAGUUACUUCGGAACAGUGUUGUGAAAAGCACGCCUAGGCGCAAGGUGCAGCGUGGCGCACCCAUUGCGCUUGAAGGGGACUCAGGUACAAUUGUUAAGUUAAUCAUGGCGAACAAAAAAAAUGAUUUCUUUUUUAAGAAAAGAGGUUCUGAAAAUAUCGUUCAAAGUUCCACCAAUAAUGUUGAAACUUCAACUCCUCUGGAACAACGUCCUUCUAAACUUCCAAGAGUCGAAUCUAAAGAUGUUGAUACAUCUUCUUUGGUGAGGGAUCCGGGGUUGCGUCAACAAAUAUGGGAUUACCCGGUAUCUAAACGUGAUGAGAUCAUACGUGCUUAUAUCAAAUCCGGGCCAUAUCAACCCAAGGCUCCGAACAAUCAACCUUUUGAAACUGAUAAGAAUGGGCGUCGUUUUUUAGAUUCUUGGUACAAGUUAUUUCUGGAUUGGUUGGAAUACUCUCCAACAAAAAAUCGUGCGUUUAGCCUUCCAUGUUUUCUUUUUACUAAGCCAACUGGAUGCCCUGGAUCUAGUGCUUUUACAGUCGAGGGAUUUUCUUCUUGGAAGAAAGUCAAUGAAGGGAAGAAUUGUCCUUUGUUAUCGCAUAUGGGCAAGGAUCCUAACUCAUUGCGUAGAGUUGCUAUCAAAUGUUGUUGUGAUUUAACAAAUCAAGGGCAACAUAUUGAGACAAUUAUUAAAAAACAAACUUCCAUACAAAUUGCUAGAAAUCGUUUGCGAUUGAAGACCUCGAUAGAUGUGAUUAAAUGGUUAACAUUCCAAGCCUGCGCUUUCAGAAGUCGUGAUGAACGCCACAAAUCUAACAACCGAGGGAAUGUUAUUGAGUUGAUAAAGCUCUUGGCUUCUUAUAAUGAGGAUGUGGCAGCAGUGGUUUUGGAAAACGCUCCUCAAGAUGCUUCCUAUCAUUCCCAUGGGAUUCAAAAGCAGAUUCUUAGUAUUUUCUCUGAUAAGAUACAAAGAUUCAUUCGUGAGGAGAUCAAUGAUGGGAAUUUUUGCAUUCUAGUUGAUGAAUCUGAAGAUGAAUCGAAAAGAGAGCAAAUGGCAAUUGUUUUGAGAUUUGUUGAUAAAUAUGGUUUUAUAAAAGAGCGUUUGUUUGACAUAGUUCAUGUGUUAGAUACCACGUCGACAACUUUGAAAGAAGAAAUUUGUAUUGUCCUUUCUCGUCAUAACCUUAGUGUGCAAAAUAUUCGUGGUCAAGGAUAUGAUGGUGCCAUAGGAGCGUCUAAACAGGUUAUAUCUAUCAAUCAAUUUUUCUCUUACUUGACUCGAGCAAUUACUAUAGUUGGCUCAUCUUGCAAAAGACAUGAUCAAUUAAGAGCUACUCAGGUUACAGAUAUUACUGAAAAGCUUGCCAUUGAUGAUGAAUUCGAGACUAGUAAAGGAAAAAAUCAGAUUGGAACAUUGAAACGGGCUGGAGAUACUCGAUGGGGUUCUCAUUUAGGUUCCAUUUGUAGUUUGAUAAACAUGUUCAGUGCUACUUGUGCAGUCCUAAGAAACAAAAUUAAUGAUGGAAGCAAAUCGAAUUAA